CUCGCAGCUGAGGCUCUGAGAUUGAUGAAGAAUUCUGACGCAAGAAAAGUGUCAGAAGUAGCUCGCUCUGUUUUCGAACCAGAUUUGUCGGUCUCGAAUCUGUUGUAAAAGUUGAACCAAACACGCCCAGCAUGAAGGACAUCAGCACCGCUGUGCAAGAUGUUGCCUCUGCUGGUGCUAGGCUUUGAAAGAAGGCACGAAAAGGCUCAGCCCGGCUCAGCCCGGCUCAGGCGACCUGGAUUGCGCCAAGGUGUCGAGCCUGGCUACAUCUUCAGCUUGAAGAUGAUGAUGGUGAAACCAUCCGCCCCCUCUGCUGAUAGAUAAAGUUCCCGCUCUUCAAUGCGCUGGGAGCAUCGCAAUCGGUUUCCGCUGUUUCCCGCGCAACUACUGCCGUCGGGAUAUUUCUGUGUUGGGAGUGUAAGCAUUCGGGAUGAAAACUGAAUUUUGUGACGACCUUCCCUGCCUCGCUAAGAAUUUGCGAGAGGUAUCGACCAGGUACUAGUAGCGUGCAAGAUAAGAAAGUAAAGGAGAGUGGCCGAGACUGGGGCCCAGUGGCCGAAUUCCUUGAGUCUUAUCCCCUUGCUCCGGCUUAUGGGGAUCGAUUGAAAUUUGUAGGCGUAGCCGUUCGGAUAGAUACAAUUUUGCCCGAUCAGCAAAAUUCUGUCGCUCUUGACGCUCGUCCUACCUGCGACGGUUAGCUACCCCGCACCUAGGAUGGUGCUCACCGAACUCGUCGUGUGUCUAUCGCGUCCCCGCCCUUGCAGGGAAGGGGGGCUACCAGCUUGUAGUCAAUUGUUCGACUGCGAACUAACCAAAGCACAGUAGUCGGAAAGAAUCGGUGCGAGUGUAGCUGGCACCCUAGCAGGGAUAAUCGGUUGGUUGGCAUCCGCUUGUGAGACGUAAAGACAGCUCCUGCACUAGGAGAAUAUGACUCGGCUGUAAAAACAUCUCCUGCGCUAGGAGAAUGCGCCUCAGCAGCGCUAAUCGGUCCUCCGUCCAUGCAAACUGUAAACACCCUCGUCCAACUCUGUCGUGCAACAGUACGCUCAAGCGAGCCGGGAUGUACCGCCGGGACAAUCAGAUCACUAGUAAGGAGGUCCAAAAUAAGCUGUACGUGGACCAUGGGCUGAAGACACGCGACGCCCGCAACAUUAUCCGCGGGACGAUAGGCGCGGCACUCAUGAAACUCCGCCCGGUGAACUUUCGCCAACGACUUGGCGAGCAGGGCGGGGGCCGCCACAGAGGAGAAGCUGCUGCAACAGCACGAGCCGCUGCAGCGCCAGGACCCGCUGCUGCUCCCGUGCCUCACCCGCGUCAUCGUGCUCUAAUUCUAAUUAAAUUUCAUACAAAAAAUGGCUUUGUCUUGCAACCAGGGCUGCGCUUACGCAGCGUGUAG